AUGAUAGGAUACUACACUUCUCCACAUUGUAACAUUGACGCAUUCAAUCCAUUCAGUAUUGGAAGUCAUAAUCUAUUAUUCAAUGAUGUAAUGCAUCAACUAGAUAAGCAAUUUUAUUAUAACCAAAGUCAAAAGAUGCUUACGCAAAUGAGUAAGCCAAGCAGUGUCAAGCAGAUUGAAAUAGCAGAUAGUUACCAAAUCCAAAUCGCCAAGAAAUACGGUGAUUUUAAUGGAUAUGAGAUCAGAGUGAUAAGAGACUCAGCAGGCGACUAUUUACUUAAGAUUGAGGGAAAUAACGAUCACUUCACAAAGCUAUACCAAUUAAGCCCAGAAGAAAUAGAAAUAGGUGAAAUUGACUGGAAGUGGUUCAGAAAUGAAAACAUUUUAGUUUUGAAUAUACCGAAGAGAGAACACAGAUACGAAGGAAAAAAGAAACUGAAGAGUGUAAAGAAAUCAAAUUGUAAGAAAUCAGCUCAUAGAAGAAAGGCAAGGCACGAGAAGAGCUUGUAUCGCAAGCUCGACAAACUUGAAGCUGCUCUUCAAGAAGAACAAAGACAAAGGAAUUCCGAAGGGCAAGAAGAAGAAGACUGCCAGAAGCAACAAGCAGAAGAUCAAUACAAGCUGAUUAGCAACGAAGCACUGUUUGAACAUGAAGAAAAUAUAGAAGUACCUGUGUCAGACACGAGUACAGCUUUGGAAAGCUCUAGUGAAACUGAGUCAACCGAAUCUGAACCUAUUAAAAUCAAGAAAAACAGACUGCCUUCAAUCGAAGAAGUCGAAGACGAAGAAUUUAUACUACUCCGCAAGAACAUGAUAUAG